GAUCCCACUUGACUGAACCCGGGCUGCCCCGGUGGGAAGCCAGCAACUAACUGCUUGAGCUGUGGCACCCCGUCCAGAUAUAUAUGUAACAGUUUUCCAUCUCUUUUUAUUGAAUGAGGUAGUCAAUCAUUGAAUAGCCGCGUAUACCUGAAGUACAGCUGCAAAUUAUGGUCGAUCUUCACAAAAAAUGGUUAUAUGUGAAAUUUGAGGUUCGCACAUUAGUGACACUGAAGAUUACCAAUUUUUUGGACAUAGUGUCCCAUUUCAGAAGAUACUAAUCUUCAGCAUUCUUAUAUUAUAUUUUUUCUGUGUGUUAUCCCUUAUUAGCACAGCCAGAAUUAGUAUAUGUUCAUUGUUUUACUGCAGUAUUCAUAUUACCUUCCUUAUCAUUUGGGGCUUGAUUCCGGAACUUUAUGUAAUGGCGCAAUAGCAAGAAGCCCACAUCAUGUGCAUAGCCUUUGUCCAUUCAUUGUUUUCCAUAGAGAUGGAUGCUGAUGUGAUGUGAGAUGUUGAAAUUCAUUUUGUUUGGGCUGGUGAUUGUGUGGAAAAUAAUAUAUAGAAGUACAAAGAAAAAUAUGUUGCUAACAUUUAGCUGUCUCGUGUGAUGGUGACUUACUUAACCAUAGUUGUUGCCUUUAUAAUAUGUCACAAUAUUGUAUUUAAGCAUCCUGUUGCAUUAAUAUACUCUUCAUUCACAAACUACGCUUCCAUCCACAGUGGAACCCAUUUAUUAUCUCCAUCUCUUGCCACUACGUUUUGGCCGUAUAUGGCCAUCAUCAGCUGUCAGUAUUUGUUGAAACCGUUUCACUUUGUAGUAUGUGCAAGUUCACGUAUCACAUGUAAAUGUGAUAUCUCCCUCUUAAAAUAAAUGUACGCUAUUAAAAAUUCCUAAAAAUCAUUAAAACAAUUAAAACUUAAUCAUCUUGUACAAGUAAAUAUCUGCUAAUUAUUUGAUUGUUUGUUAUCAGUAAUGUCAGCUUGAAUUGAAUACUGCAGCUGUGGUACAUUUUUGCAAAAAAAAAAUUAGAAAUUUAAGAAAUUUAGAAGUUUAGCAUAAUAACCAGUUCAUUUUCUCUUUCCAUUCACGCAUUGAUACACGGUUGGACAUUGUGCCUGAACAUGGCUGUUUUAAUACUUUGUGGUCCGUGUAUUUCUAAGAAUUUGGCUUCAGUGCCAACUGGACUUCAUUUGUAGUUCCUUUGUGCAACAAUCAUAUAUCCCACUUUUCACAAAAAUAUACAUGGAUGUUGCAAAUAAGAAUGUUCAGUGGUAUGUACAUGACACAUUAAAAUAUGAACAGCAUGUACUUAACAUUUGUCGGUUGCUUGGAGUGAGAGAAUGUGAAUGACAGUGUGAGUGAAUGAACCAGACAAGGGAAACGUGCAGUAUUAAACGUAUAAUAUCAAAAGAAAUGUAGAUGUCGAAGCAGAAAUUUUGGAAUGUAUGAUAAGUUGCAUUUUAAUGUAAAAUAUCUUACUGACAUUUUUGUUAUUCUAUUAAUAAUAGAGUUUGAAGAGUUUUCUGUUCCUGUUGUUAAGGAAUAUAAUUCUGGGAGGGUUAGCUGUACAGUAAUUCAGUAUUUUGUAAGGGUUGGGAGGGGAUAGAUGAGUCACUUCUACUAAUGAUCUUCAAUUUUCUUUCCCCUCCGAGGAUUUUCCACAGCGGAGUCUUGGAUCUGCAUCGCCAUUCUGGGAAUUCGAAGCACAGUUCAGUGUUAAGCUAAUAUAAAGUUCCUAAAAAUAUAUAAUAUUUUUAUGUCAAAAUGGGUUAAAUACAUUACCUUAAUCUGUUUCUCAUUUAGUAAAAUACUGCAUAGUCUUUAGUUACAAGUAGAAGAGCAAGAAGUAAAUAGUUUUCUAGUUCAGUGGAAAAAGUAUAAUGUGCAUAGUUUCAAAGGAAGGCAUGGUAAAAACCUGGCCCGAAUUCCAUUGGAAUCCAUGGACAUCUCUGCUUGGAUCUGCAGCUGCCAAGACCAAUGUUAUUAGGGGAACUGUGGCUGUUCUCCAGUUCUGGGUUUGAUAAGAACUCAAGUUCCCUUGGUGUGAGAGUGUGUGUGAGCUAUCAGAAAAUUAUUAAUCACCCCAGCUUUUUUCUAGGUGGCUAGUAAAAUUCAACAUGCAGCUCAAGAUGUUUGAAAAACUCAACCGUUUUGAUGAAGUGAACAGGAGAAGUGGUCACGUGGGAAAACUCCAGACCUUGGCUCACGAACUUACACAGAAAUUAUGAAGGAACAGUUACUUCGUGGAGAAGAGACAGAGCUACGGAAACAGAUCGUUGAGAAGUCCAAGGAUGGAACUUUGAAGGUUGUGAGUAAUGGGGAAGUUCCAAAAUCUAUGCCCAAGAAGCGAGGUCGUUGGGAUCAAACAGGCGGAGAAGAGGGAGUUCCAGUGAAGAAAAGAGCCACCAGUAAUAGUGUUUCAUCUGUUGCUUCUUCAUGGGACAAAGAGGAUGCUACCCCUGCAUCAACACGCUGGGAUGAAACCCCAGGGCAUGGCAAGGGAGGCGAAACUCCAGGAGCCACACCAGGUCAGAGCACUCGGAUGUGGGAUGCCACCCCAGGUCAUGCCACUCCUGGUCAUGCCACACCGGGAAGGGAAACUCCAGGUCAUGACAAAGGAGCGUCUAGCAGGAGAAACAGAUGGGAUGAAACACCCAAAACAGAGAGAGAAACACCUGGCCAUAGCAGUGGUUGGGCAGAAACUCCCAGAACAGAUCGAACUGGUGCUGGAGACUUGAUUCAAGAGACGCCUACUCCUUCUGCCAGCAAGCGACGCAGUCGAUGGGAUGAGACUCCAUCAAGUCAGAUGACACCAGGUGCAAUGACUCCACAAACUCCAGGGACACCUCACACCCCUCACGGCACCCCUCAUGGAACCCCUCAUGCCACACCGUCAAUUAUGACACCAAGUGGAGUUACACCCACUGGAACAAAGGCAAUGGCAAUGGCUACACCAACCCCAGGACACCUUGCUACAAUGACUCCAGAACAGCUGCAGGCUUAUCGCUGGGAACGAGAGAUUGAUGAGAGGAACCGUCCACUUUCAGAUGAUGAGCUUGAUGCUAUGUUUCCUCCAGGUUACAAAGUCCUCACGCCACCUGCAGGUUAUAUUCCCAUUCGUACCCCAGCACGAAAGCUAACGGCUACACCGACGCCUAUUGCUGGUACACCAGCUGGAUUCUUCAUCCAACAGGAAGACAAAUCAGCAAAGUAUAUGGACAAUCAGCCAAAAGGAAACCUUCCAUUCAUGAAGCCAGAAGAUGCACAGUACUUUGAUAAGUUGUUGGUUGAAGUAGAUGAAGAGAGCUUGAGCCCUGAGGAGCAAAAGGAACGCAAGAUAAUGAAACUGCUGCUGAAGAUAAAGAAUGGAACACCACCAAUGCGCAAAGCUGCCCUUCGGCAGAUCACAGAUAAAGCGCGUGAGUUUGGAGCGGGACCACUUUUUAAUCAGAUACUGCCAUUGCUGAUGUCACCAACUCUGGAAGAUCAGGAGAGACAUCUUCUGGUGAAAGUUAUCGAUCGCAUUCUGUACAAACUAGAUGAUUUAGUGAGACCCUAUGUUCACAAGAUUCUGGUCGUGAUUGAGCCGCUGCUUAUUGAUGAAGACUACUAUGCUCGAGUGGAAGGUCGUGAAAUCAUCUCUAACUUGGCUAAAGCUGCUGGCUUGGCAACCAUGAUUUCAACAAUGAGACCAGAUAUUGACAAUAUUGAUGAGUAUGUCCGUAACACAACAGCUAGAGCAUUUGCAGUUGUAGCGUCCGCUUUGGGUAUUCCCUCGCUGCUUCCUUUCUUAAAAGCUGUGUGUCGCAGCAAAAAGUCAUGGCAGGCCAGGCAUACAGGAAUCAAGAUUGUGCAGCAGAUUGCAAUCUUGAUGGGAUGUGCAAUUCUCCCUCAUCUCAAGAGUCUUGUCGAAAUUAUAGAACAUGGUUUGGUCGAUGAGCAGCAGAAAGUGCGAACAAUCACGGCCUUGGCUAUUGCAGCUCUGGCAGAAGCCGCAACUCCAUACGGAAUUGAGAGUUUUGAUUCUGUUCUGAAACCUUUAUGGAAGGGUAUAAGAACACACAGAGGAAAGGGGCUUGCUGCCUUCUUGAAAGCCAUUGGUUAUUUGAUUCCUUUAAUGGAUGCUGAAUAUGCAAACUACUAUACCAGAGAAGUGAUGUUGAUUUUGAUCCGAGAAUUCCAGUCUCCUGACGAGGAAAUGAAGAAGAUUGUAUUGAAGGUGGUGAAACAGUGCUGUGGAACUGAUGGUGUGGAGUCACAGUACAUAAAGGAUGAGAUCCUUCCACACUUCUUCAAACACUUCUGGAAUCAUCGAAUGGCACUGGAUCGCAGAAACUACAGACAACUUGUGGAUACAACUGUGGAGAUUGCCAAUAAAGUUGGUGCUUCUGAGAUUAUCAACCGUGUGGUUGAUGAUCUGAAGGAUGAAAAUGAACAGUACCGUAAAAUGGUGAUGGAAACCAUUGAGAAAAUCAUGGGGAACCUUGGAGCAGCUGACAUAGACUCUCGUCUUGAAGAGCAGCUUAUUGAUGGUAUCCUGUAUGCAUUCCAAGAACAGACAACUGAGGAUGUUGUGAUGCUGAAUGGUUUUGGUACAAUCGUCAAUCAGUUAGGAAAACGCGUGAAACCAUACUUGCCUCAGAUCUGUGGUACCAUCCUGUGGCGACUCAACAACAAGUCAGCCAAAGUUCGUCAGCAAGCUGCUGACCUCAUAUCAAGGAUAGCUGUCGUCAUGAAGACCUGUCAAGAGGAAAAACUUAUGGGGCACUUGGGUGUUGUGUUGUAUGAAUACUUGGGUGAAGAGUAUCCAGAAGUUCUGGGUAGCAUUCUUGGGGCACUCAAAGCCAUUGUGAAUGUCAUUGGCAUGACAAAAAUGACACCACCCAUCAAGGAUCUUCUUCCACGACUGACGCCUAUUCUCAAGAACAGGCAUGAAAAGGUCCAAGAAAACUGUAUAGAUUUGGUUGGUCGUAUUGCCGACAGAGGUCCAGAAUAUGUAUCUGCUCGAGAGUGGAUGAGAAUAUGUUUUGAACUUCUUGAGUUGUUGAAAGCUCACAAAAAGGCCAUACGAAGAGCUACAGUCAACACAUUUGGUUACAUUGCCAAAGCUAUAGGUCCACAUGAUGUACUGGCUACACUGCUGAAUAACUUAAAGGUUCAGGAGCGUCAGAAUCGUGUAUGCACAACUGUGGCCAUUGCUAUUGUAGCUGAGACAUGCUCCCCAUUCACAGUUUUGCCAGCCCUUAUGAAUGAAUAUAGAGUUCCAGAACUGAAUGUUCAGAAUGGUGUUCUGAAGUCCUUAUCAUUUUUGUUUGAAUACAUUGGGGAAAUGGGCAAGGAUUACAUUUAUGCUGUUACACCACUGUUAGAAGAUGCCCUCAUGGACAGAGACCUUGUCCACAGGCAGACUGCUUGUGCGGCCAUCAAACACAUGGCUCUGGGUGUGUAUGGAUUUGGUUGUGAGGAUGCUCUCAUACAUUUGCUGAACCAUGUGUGGCCUAAUAUAUUUGAGACAUCGCCACAUCUUGUGCAAGCUUUCAUGGACUCAAUUGAAGGCCUUCGUGUUGCUUUGGGACCAAAUAAAAUACUACAGUAUGUGUUACAGGGUCUUUUCCAUCCUGCAAGGAAAGUACGUGACGUAUAUUGGAAGAUCUAUAAUUCUCUGUAUAUUGGUGGACAAGAUGCAUUGGUUGCUGGUUACCCUAGGAUACUUAAUGAUCCCAAGAAUCAGUAUUGCCGCUACGAGCUGGAUUACAUUAUUUGAAGAACUGUAUAUAAAUUAUUAAUUUAAACUGCUGUAAUUUACUUUUGAGCACCUUAGUUGUACGUGAAAUAGUACAUUCUUUUUACCUCUUGAUGUCAAGUGCGGGUGUGCAUAGCCCAUUUAUGAACAUUCACACCAGAAUUAAAUCAUAUUUACUUACAAGAACGGUGCUCCUGGAGGAAGACUCUUACGUUACAAACACUUUGGAAUUAUUUUUAUUCAGACCAGCACAGUGACUGUGCUCUCAAACCCUAGUACAGUAAUGACACUUAAGACAGAAUAUUUGAUGUUUCUUCAUAUGCAUAAUUUUUCCUUGUCUUUAUAUAUUGUCACCUUCUAAGCAAAAUUAUUGAAGUUAGAUGGUAAAUAGGACUGUUUUCUUGGGGCUGUAAUGACAGUACUACAGUAAAGCCUACUAACAUGGAGCAGAACUUACAAUUCUGUCCUCUUCUUCAGUUUGCAUUUUGCAGAAUUUGUAAUUAUGUUGCCCAUCCCAUGUAAAUUGGCCUAUAUUUGCCAUUUAAAACAAAGCAAUUUCUCUCUGCAUUCCAAGUGUCCUUUGACAUGUUGCAGACCUUAGUUAUUCUCAUAUCCUCCUUGCAGAUGAUGGAGAAAUCUUGGGUAACACGUUCAGAAUAAAAAAAUAUGGCAUCACAUAGCUUUUGUAUGGAAGUUGUAAUGUAAUAGAUUGCUUGUGUACUUUGUCCUACAUUUACAGGCAGUGGAUUGUUAAAUAUUGAAUUCUUGGUAAUUAUCUUAAUUGUCAUAGUUAUUUCUGCCAUUCUGUCCUCUUAUAGUGCUAGGAUUGAGUGGUACAGAUCCAUUCCAAUGUUCAGAAGUUGUAAAACUGAUCUUGCCUUAUGUGUUGGUCCUGAGAUGCCUCCCUGUCAUUUGGGUUUAUAUAAGUACAUUAAUUUUUGUAGCAUAUUGCCUUGUUUCUUUAUUUCCACCAUAUUAUAAGUUUGCAGCAGAUUCUUAAUUUUUUUUAUUUGGUAUGCUGUCUUUUAAAGUAACUCUUAGCAAUGAUCUAAGAAAUCUCAUAUGUAGAGCUCCUAUGUUGACUUCCCCGCAAACCCCUCUUCCUCCUCCUAAACUAAGUUUCAUUUCCAAAAUGUGUGGCUUAUAUGUUGCAUUAUAUAGUCAUAAUAUAAUGUAUUUUAUUUUUAAAACUUGUAUUCAUUAUUCCAUUUACUCAGUUGCAUGCAUACAUGUGCCAUCUUUAUUGCAUAUUUCCAUGUAAGUAAUUAGGUUUCUUAAUUUUGGAUAUGCAUUCUGUAAUAUAACCAUAUAUACUACCUAUUUUCAUUUGUGUCCACUGUUUUCUUUAUGUUUCCAUUCCUAUAAUUUUUAUUUCUGAAAAUUUACAAGCAGCUCUGUUUAUUUCACUCAGUAGUUAUCACUGUCUUAUUUUCUGAUGUUGCGAACGGAAUUUGAUCAUUACCAUACAUCGAAUUUGUGAUUUUGUGUUCCUUUGACAUAUCAUUUUCUUUAGAUUAUCUCAUGUUCCAUUACUCUUUAUUUUAUUCAUAUACAGUAUAUGUUAGCUAUUCCUGUAAUGGGCCUGGGAGACCCAUAAGGUUGUGGGAUGUUGAGGCUCCCACAUUUUUUAGUCAAUCCUUCCACCCUCACUGUGUCCCUGGGUUCAACUCAGCCUGUAGCAGAAAUGAGUACAAGGAAUCUUCCUGAGGGUAAAAGGCAGCCAGCCGGUGCAUGAGGCUGACAUCCUCACCACCAUCUGUGAGCCAGUUGUGUAGAAAAUGUGGGAGCCUUGACAUCACACUACCCUGUGGGCUUCCACAAGGGAUAGCUUUACCUUUUACCUUUACAGUAUAUGUUAAAUCAGACUGUAGAUUGUCCCAUAUUACUGUUUGUGUUAUGAUUAAGGAGACCGGGAUAUGCCCAUUCCCAAGGUUAUAUCCAGGCUGGUGCCCAUAAUGUGUGGCUGCUCACACUCGGCAGCAAAACCAUAAAUAUAAAUAACAUUUAGAACAGCAAAUUUUGGCAAAUGUAUGGUCUAAGUUUACUUUGGGAUGGCAGAUGACCCAAAAAUUAUUACUCAUUAAAGACAUGACUUGCUAGAGAUGUUGGUAUUUUGAUUAAUGUAGUUUUAUUGUAUUGCUGUCAUACCUGUCCAGAUUUCUUUUUGCAGUACACUAGCACUUCAUAGUAUUUUAUGGUAAAGAAAGGAGUAGCCAACAAUCUACAUGUAUAUCCAAGGAAUCAGAAUGUUAGCUGCACUGUCUUAUUGCCAGAAAAGAACUGCAUGCUCAGAGUGUAUUCUGAAAGAUAUUUUGUUUGUACUAUUGUACCUUGGUCCCUUAUGGCAGUCUGUAGGAAUAAGUGGUAAAUAAACAGCCUUGGAAAUGGAAGUGAAAGGGUUAACUUGCUAUAGUCACAUUUUUGGUUUCUGAGACUCCCAAGUAAAAUAUUUCAGCUGGAAUUUAUAUUGAACAUAUGCAGCCUUAUUUUGUUUUUAGUAUUAUCUUAGAAAUAAAUCAUUUCCUAUUGUAUAUUAUUUCCUUCUGUAUACAAUCUAAUUUGAUGCUACGUCUUAGACUAAAAAAUGUGGCUUUGUAAUAUUGAAGCUAAUGUCAUUGCUGAAUGCAAAGAAGAGUGGUAGUGCAGUAUUUUCUUGUAGUUCUUAGUGCAUUUUAGUGGGGCAUGUACUAAAUUAAAAUACUGCUUUUAUUUCUUCUGUUCUGAUAUUAUUAUGUAUUCCAACAGUGGUUUUCUUUAUAUUGAACGACAGAGUAAUUGGAAUUGUGUGACAAAUAAACUGAAACUGAAAAAUC